AUGACACUUCCAGUUUUAAAAGCAAUUUUAUUAUAAAAUUGUUAUUUAAAUCCAAAUAAUUUUGAUAAAUUAGUAUAAGAUUUCGAAGAUAUCUGUUCAAUAAUUGAAACACAUUAAAUUUAAUAUUAAUAGGAAAUAAGAAAUUUUUGUAAUUUAUUAAAUGAUUAAAUCAAAUAGAAAUAUAAAUUAGAUAUUACUUUUGAUGAUUAUAGUAAUUUAAAUGAAGAUUUUGAAAUCAAUGUUUUUAAAUAAAUAGUUGAUCUUGCUAAUUUUUAACAAGAUUCAAUGUCUAAAAUAAAAGAUAUAAUAGAAAGCUAGUAUUAAAAAACAAUAGAGAAUUCUCAAAGAUAUAUUAUUGAAGAUUAUUAAUCAGAAUUGAAUUUAUUCUUACUAAGCUUAUAUUGCGAUUUAAUUUGA